AUGUCGAACCAGGCCGUUCGAUUUGAUGAGGCUCAGCUGGCAAUGUUUGCUGCCGACAAUGCUGCCCGCAUGGACAGCUUCAAAGAUGAGCUAGCACUCGCGGCUGGCAAAGUUACACCUGGUGUUGAUGACACUCCAUACAUCCAGUAUGCUUUGGAGGCUUUGACUCGUGAAAGGGGAAGCCCAACAGCAAGCCAGCUGCCCGUCCCCUCACCUCCCUCUGAACGAUACAGUCAAGGAUUUCAACAACAGGGCCCAAAGUUCAUGGUCAAGGGAUUUGCUCCUGUACCCGCCUCCAAGGGCGAACCAUCCUCUUCACAUGGCGCUAUGCAUUCACCUAUUUCGCAUCAACCUCAGCAGCCAAAACCCAAAGAUUUGCCUCAAGACCGCAGCUUCCCAUUCACACCACAGCAACCUGGGCCUGCAGCUGCACCAGUGCAGCAAAAGCCGUCUACAACACAUCAGUGGAUUCCGGUAGACAAGAACAUGCUACAGACUAUUGACCCUCGUGGCCGCACUUACCCGGCUUUGACGUUUAAACCACGAAUUUUACGACCAUUUUCACUACUAAUGUUAAUGAUUCUGUGCGCUAUCAUGAUGGCGGGGCUGAUAUUUUCCGGCGUGUACUCACAAAAGAAUGACGGCCUGACUCCAUAUCCUGGCAGUAUAUACUCGGGACAGUACUUCGUGUUUCGUAUCCUACCUCAAAUUUUGGCUGGUAUCAUCCUAAUAUACGCCCAAAGCAUUGUCACAGCAUCACUUCGAGUGGUUCCGUUUGCCACAUUGGCCCAAGAAGAUCCCGAAAAGCGUUAUUUGGCUUUGUUCCAGAAUCUGUAUGCAACAUCAUUUCUGCUCCCUCAGUUACCAGGCGCAUGGCAGCUCAAAACAUUCGGCAUAGCCACUUGGCUUGCAAACUUUACGUUGCCGCUACUGAGUGCAGCAUUCACGUGCAUAUAUGUUGAUCGCGAGGGGCGAUGGGUAUGGUCGGCUACUCAAGGUCUGGUCUGGGCUUCCGUUGCCUUGUAUUUCAUUCUCUUGGUUGCCGCUGGCAUAUUAAUGACUUUUUGGUUUGGUCAUUGGACUGGGCUCCUCUGGGAUGCCCGCUCAAUUGCCGACGUCAUCCCUUUGCUGCACCGAACCAAUACCAUGAGCAGCUACCGACGUAAAGGUCUCUACGAGCGCAACUGUGACUAUAGAGCAGAACUCCGAGAGCGAUGGUUCGACAGACUGGGCUACUGGCAGAACAGAGACUCGGUGGGAGGAGUUUGGCAUGCCAUUGGAACUUCAGCCGUGCCCGCGGAUCACGGCCCCGAUUUUGUAACCGAACCACGAUCUGAACGUCGAAGCAACGAGCUCUCCGUCGGUUCUCAUCUCACGGGAUCAUCUGCACUUUUAGACUUCGAAGGUGGCAAGUACCUGCCAUGGUGUCUGAGAGACAUCCCAUUGGUGUCAUUCGUCCUUGUGACGAGUGCACUAUUGCUAGCUCUCCUCAUUGUGUCUUUCUUGCCCCAGACAAAGCUGGAGUCUGGAUUUACACCAUUGCUCCCAUCACGACCCGAUGGCUCAGCCUUCUCCGCCGCCAACUUUCUGUACAGCUUCCUCCCCUCCACAUUGGGCAUGAUUCUAUUUCUGCUGUUUCAGAGUUUUGAUCAGGCGUUGCGCAUCCUCCAGCCAUGGGGUGACAUGGCCUCUCUCGACGGCGCGGUAGCCAGCCGAUCCAUCCUCGCCGACUAUGCCGCCUGCCUACCCUUACACGUAACAGCCAGAGCGCUUCGAAACGGUCACUGGAGGGUUGCCGUCAUCUCCCUCAUGUCCACCCUCUUCAUCUUCAUCCCCAUUCUCGCCGGUGGCCUCUUCAUGGCCCUGACAACGCCUUCGCAGCAGGUUCGGAUGUUCCCGAGCAUGCCAGUGUUCGGCGUCCUCCUCGCAUUCCUCGUCCUGUACGUUGGUUGCGCAUCCCUACUCAUCCCCCAGCGCCGCCAAUUCUACCUCCCCCACUGUGUAACCACCAUCGCCUCUCUCAUCAGCUUCUGCACCGCCAAGGACCUCUACGAAGACCCUGCCUUCCGCUCCGUUCGGUCGAGAAAGGAUCUCGCUGCCCGACUUGGCGUGGGUCGUAAAGACGUCCGCGAGGAGAGCCUCUGGUUCUUUGGUGUGCUGGCUGGCCGCGAUGAGAAACGAAUCAGUGUACGACGAAUGAGACGGUAUACCGAAAAGGUAGCAAUGACACGAUCUAUGGCCUCAAUGGUAUAG